UGCCCCCCUGCAGCGUCGUCACUGCGCAGAGCAGUUUGAACCAAAAAGCGGAGUGACCUUCCUCCGCUCUCAGUCUGAGAGGCGCAGCACUGAAGCAAUAAGCCGGUCGCAGCCGCAUUAGCCUCAGAAAUGAACAACAACUUAGUCGGAGAUGAAGUCGGGAAACUUUUUGUGGGUGGAUUGGACUGGAGCACCACACAAGAUUGACCCGAAGCCAUGCACUCCCAGGGGGAUGCAGCCUGAAAAGUCUCGAACCAAAGAGGGCUGGAAGGGCAGCAAAGCCGAUAGCAAUAAAUCAAAGAAGAUAUUUGUAGGUGGAAUCCCCCAUAACUGCGGCGAGCCUGAACUCAGGGACUAUUUCAAUAGAUUUGGAGUGGUCACAGAGGUGGUAAUGAUCUAUGAUGCGGAGAAGCAGAGGCCCCGAGGUUUUGGAUUUAUUACUUUCGAGGCCGAACAAUCAGUGGACCAGGCUGUCAACAUGCAUUUUCACGACAUCAUGGGCAAAAAAGUGGAAGUAAAGAAGGCUGAACCUCGUGACAGCAAAGCUCCUGGCCAGCUUGGCCCUGGCCAGUGGGCACCCAGGGGCAUCUUGAGUGCAGCUAAUGGUUGGACAGCACAGCCUGCCCAGGGCUGGCAACAGCCAUACGGGCCACAGGGAGUGUGGGUGUCGACCACUGGCCAACCCAUAGUUCUGUUCUCUGUUGGAGAAGGCGGGUAUGUACCUCCGUUGACUGCAGGCCGGGGAACACCCACACAGCCUCCAUCACCUUUCAACGCAUUCCUGGUCACAACCCCAGCGGGUGGCUUUGCUGCACCUCAGGGCUACCCUCAACAGGGCUACAGCACAGCACCUCAGUUUGGUUACAGUUUCGGCACACCCCAAGCAGACCAGUAUGCUCCACAAGUUCCUCCUCCACCCACCACACCAGGAACUGCUCCUCUGGGCUUUGCCCCCGCCACCACACCAACUCAGGACUUGAGCAAAGCUCCCACCGGGCAGCCCGACUUCCCUUAUAGCCAGUAUGAUGCUGCUGAAGUUUCACCACAUCCAGGAGUCCUCAGCAGGCAUUUCCGUCAAGUUUGUCCAGCCUGGCUGUGGAUUGGUAAAAAAACAUUGGGUACGGCCAGGACCUGACAGCCUUCGGCCACAGCUUCGCAGACCCCAACCAGCCAACGGCUUCGUACGGGGCACCGACAGCGCAGCCCGCCGCCCCCCAGACGGCCGCCAAUGCGUUUGGCAGAGGGCAGAACCACAACGUACAAGGCUUCCACCCGUAUCGACGCUGACUGCCACCUUUGGUUAUGGGCGCUGUGUAAAGAUGAAAAACAAAAACAACUAAAAAAGAAGAAGUCAGGGAAAUGUUUGUUUUCGCUAAAAAGCUAAACUGGAGUCCUGGAUCCUUCUAUGGGAAUGUUGAAUACACACAGUUUGUGAAACGGGAACCUUUACGAAAGCAGGGAUUCCAGUAAAUUCUAAAGGGGUGUACUGAAACCCAAGUUUUUUGUUUGCCUAACUUAAGGAAGAUUCAGCAGAAAGAAGCUUUUUUUCCCCACGUCCUACCCCAUGUUUUAUAGUAGAACUAAACUACUUUGCAAUAAUUUUGAUUGUCUGGUCAAACACUAGCACAGAGACUAUAUGUAAAGAGACUUGCAUAUAAAUAUGUAUAUUUAUGGUGGACACAAAUGAAAACAGGGUCUCAAGUUUCCUCAGCUUUAAAUUCUAGGGAAAAAAUGUUUUUAUUUUUCAUUUGGUGAAUUUUGUUUACUUUCUGAGCCUUUAAAGUUUGUUUAAAAUGGAGAUUAUGAAUAUAUAUAUAUUAUACACAAACUGUGCAAUUUUUUAAAAAGAGAAUUUUGUACGAUAAAUGUACACUUUGCUUGUUUUUUUAUUUAAAGAUGUAGACUUCCCUCAGGUGGCUGUUUUGGGUGCAUUUUUUGCACUUAUGCAAAAAGAAAAAAGGACAAAUUAUUACAAAAAUAAAUG